GAUAUGUACCAGGGUAUAAUGGGAAGCAACCACGGACCCUCUUCGUACGAGGCCGGAUUUCUCCACAAUGCCGCGGCGGGCACCUCCCCGGUCUACGUGCCCACUACGCGGGUCACCCCGAUGAUCCCGGCGCUGCCGUACCUCCAGUCGCCCGGAGCCUCGCAGCAGGGCGGCCCGGCGUCGUGUCACUCGGCCUGGGCGCAGCCGGGCGCCGAGCCCGCUCCUUCCUCCUACAGCGCCAACGGGGCGCACCACUCUCCGGUGUCCGCGCGCUUCUCCUUCUCCACCAGCCCGCCUCUGUCGUCCGGCGGGGCCUCGGCCAGGGACGCCGCCUCCUCCUACAGCGGCCCGCUGGGCAGGGACCACUACGGCGCCCGGGGCCUCGGAGGCUCCUACCACAGCCCCUACCCGGCGGCCUACAUGAGCCCCAACGUGGGCGCAGGGACGUGGCCGGCGUCCCCGUUUGACAGCCCGGUCCUGCACGGUCUCCAAACCGGGGCGCCAGGCACGCCGAGGCACCCAAACCUAGAUCUGUUUGAUGACUUCGCUGAGGGGCGCGAGUGUGUAAACUGUGGGGCAAUGUCAACCCCUCUAUGGAGACGGGAUGGAACGGGCCACUACCUUUGCAACGCCUGUGGACUGUACCACAAGAUGAACGGCAUCAACAGACCUCUUAUCAAGCCCCAGAGACGGCUGUCUGCAUCCAGGAGGGUGGGCUUGUCCUGCACCAACUGUCACACCACCACCACCACCCUGUGGAGACGAAACGCAGAGGGAGAGCCGGUCUGCAACGCCUGUGGCCUUUACAUGAAACUCCAUGGGAUCCCACGUCCCCUGGCCAUGAAAAAAGAGGGGAUUCAGACCCGCAAACGCAAACCCAAGAACCUCAACAAAUCCCAAACCGGGACUCCAGGUGGCGAUGCGACUCCAAUCACCCCAAACAGCACUCCCUGUGCUCCCACUACUACAGAGGAGCCCCGUCAGAUAAAGUCUGAGCCCGACACCCUUGGCCUGUACACACACCACAGCGUGCACGCACAGAUCGCAGCCCUGCCAACCUACAUGGCGGCCCAGGGAGGGGCCAUUCCUCUUAAGAUGUCACCAGGGGGCCACGGGGGACCCUCUGGCUCCAAAAGCGAACCCUGGAAUAACCUAAUCCUGGCCUAGAAGUAACACGACCGUUACACCAUGCAGGCUCGCAGCACUUUCUCAAGAGAAGACGUUAAUGAGGAAGAGCUGGUCUGAAAUUACGCCCAUAGUUGCCUCCACAGUGUGCAGCAGUGCCUUCCUUUCAAAGCAAGCUCUGGGACUACGCCGUGGAAAACGUCACUGAACUGGACGUCUUUGACGGCACCACACAGGU